AAACAAGUAGCUCUGAACGCCAGGGGCAAGAGAUCCCAGACCAAGACCAGAAUGAUUUUGCCUUACCUCGCAUUUUUCUUUUUGGGUGCCAUCGUCCCGCAGGUUGCCCAGGGUGCCAAUGACACACACACGAUCCCCAUAAGGACCCACUCGCUCUAUGCCCCAUACGUUGAUCAAGACUUGCAGAAUCGAUGGUUUGACUUUGGUGCCGAUGCCAUAGUUAAUACAAAUAAGCACAUCCGGUUAACCCAAGAUCGACCGCAUCAAAUGGGCUGGCUUUGGUCUCGAUUGCCGCUGUCGUCAGAUAACUUUGAGCUCGAGAUUGCGUUUUCUGUUGAUGGACAACACGCGCACCUCUUCGGAGACGGCAUGGCCAUCUGGUUAACGUCCACUCGAGCUCAACCUGGUCCGGUAUUUGGGUCCAUAGACAAAUUUGAGGGGUUAGGGAUCAUAAUCGAUACCUUUCCUAAUGCGAAGCAUCCAUAUUCUUUCCCGCGCAUCAUCGGCGCGUUGGGAGACGGCACAAAAUCUUAUGACCUGAGCAAUGACGGUGCUGGCAACGAAGAUGGAGCAUGCUCCGCUGCUGUACGAGGAGCAGAAAUUGCCACCAAACUCCGCAUCACGUACAUAAAGAACGAUUAUUUGAAGGUCACCCUUCAUUACAAAAGCUGGGACGAAUGGGCCCCUUGCUUCACAAUUCCCAACGUCGUACUACCACCGAGACCAUACUUAGGGUUCUCGGCUCUGACUGGUGACGUGUCCGAUGCUCAUGAUAUUAUAUCAGUUCAAGCGAAUUCAUUUGUUACGCAAACGCCCUAUAGUUCUGGCAGAAGGCAGGCCACGACGAGAUCAAAACCCACCAAAGGCUGGGGCGGAUUUUUCUUCAAAUUGACCUUACUUUGCGUGGCGUGUUUCGGAGGGUUCAUGGGUUAUCGGAUAUACAGAGAAAAGGUAGCAUCGAAGCGCUUCUAGUCAAUACUCAGGCUUGGGUCACACAGACCUCGGUGCAGUACUGUUCAUCCAUUUAUCACCAAAUUGACGGACGUUAUGUUGGAUUCCAAGACAUUGUAUGUAAUAUGACAUG